AUGACAGCGAAGGUGACAGAAAAAUGUGAUGUGUAUAGUUUUGGAGUGGUGGCUUUGGAAGUCAUGAUGGGAAAACAUCCAAGGGAACUAUUAGAAUCUUCUUCAUCAAACAAUAGAGAAUUGCUCUUGAAAAAUGUGUUAGACAAACGUUUGCUCCCUCCAACUGGUAAGUUAUCGGCUGUGGUGGUGUUAGUAGUGAGCUUAGCCUUGUCUUGCACCAGAACCUGUCCCGAGUCACGACCCACCAUGCGUUAUGUGGCUCAGGAGCUAUCGACCAAGUGCGCUACUUCCCUCUUGCAGCCAUUAUGGACUGCAAGCAUUAAUAAGCUUGCCAGAGAUGAUAAAAUUGAGAAAAAUCAUAUCAGCUAUUAACCAACCUGGUAGCAAUGGUAAGAGCUCAUAUAUAGCUCAAUAGUUUAGACUUUAGAAGGGUGUAUCAGUAAGUAAUUGUUGGUAUGUGAUUGAGCUUGUGUGCUUGUUAUGUAUAUAUUUUUGUACAGUAGACAAGCUCAGAAGCUCAUUUUUAGUGACUCUCUUAAUAUCUUGAUCAGUAUAAGAAACAGUAAAAGAGUAUCUAUUGUAUAAAGA